UGUAAUACUGCAAUAAGCAGAUAUACACUAUGUUUCUUAAAUCUAGCGAGCGGCACAACGAAUCGAGUUGAGGUUAUUGAGCGACCGAUCUGGCGAGUGCGAGCCCUUCCGUUUCUUAGGUGCUUCUAGCAUAAACCCUCAACAACUAGCCAUGAAUCCACUUGCGGGAGUCGCUGUAGUUGACCCGCGACUGGCUGCACCCCGAGGGGACGAGUUUUCAGUCUCCUUUCAAGAGGAAAAGCGACGGCGGUUAGAGCAGCUCGAGUGGGAUGACGAUGUCUGGGGGCACCGUGGCAUCGGCGGCACGGUCGGGGGUCCCGAGGACGACGAAGACGACGCGGGUGGGGGCUCGGCUUCCGGGCCCAUCGCAAGCAGCAACAUUGGCUUUAAGCUUCUUCAAAAGAUGGGCUGGACCGAGGGCAAGGGGCUUGGGAGACAGGAGAACGGCAUCGUGGAGCCCAUCCGCGCGGGCGUCGAGGCCGGCGUGCGGCUAGGGCUUGGCAAGCAGGAGGAGGACGACACGCACACGGCGGAGGCGACUGCAAACCGCAAGCGGCUGGAGAUAGAGGUGGCGGCGCAGGAGGACGAGGAGGCGGCGCGCAAACGCGAGGCCACGGCGGAGGUGCUGCAGAAGCGCGCGGAGGACGUCAAGGAGAUGCUGCAGACCUUCUACUGCGAGGUGUGUGACAAGCAGUACACCACCGCUCGGCAGCUGGAGGAGCACCUGUCCUCCUACGACCACCACCACCGCAAGCGCCUGGCGGAGGCCAAGUCCGCCAUGGCGGAGCGCAGCCGCGGCGACCGGCAGCGGCGGGAGCAGAAGGUAGCGGACAAGGAGAUGGCGCGGCUGCAGAAGCAGAUAGAGGUGGCGCAGGCGCGCAGCCGGCAGCAGCAGCCAGGAGGAGGAGGCGGAGGAGGGCUGGGAGGCAUGAGCGGUGGCAUGCCGCCGCCGCUGCCACCUGGGGAGGUGCAGGCAGAGCAGCCGCCACUACCGCCGCUGCCGCCGGGCGCUCCGCCCCCGCCGCUGCCUUCGUCGGGGCCACAGCCACCGCUGCCGCCGGGUGAGGCACAGCCGCCCCAUCCGCCGCCGGAGCCGGUGUUCUCUGGGUCAAGUGCUGAGGCGGCGCCACCGGCGCCGCUCACAGUGGCGCCGGGCACGACGGGCAUCAGCAUGCGGCUAGGUGGAGGUGGCGCCGGGAGAGGAGGCCUGGGCGGGGCGGGUGGGCGGGCAAGCGGCAUGAUGAUGGCGCGGGGCGGGAUAAAGCGGCCGGGGGCGCCCUUGGGGCUAGCCGGGAGAGGCGGCAAGCCUGCGGCGCCCGUGGCCGGGUUUGGUCUGGAUUCGGACGACGAGGAGGGCUCGUGACAUACGUUAGUGCUGGUGUGGCGUUGGCCCCACAGACUU